GUAAAACCAUCUAUUUCUAGGAAUGACAAAUGCAAUGAGUUUAGCGCAGUUAUCUCCAUCCGAGUACUGAAACAUUUUUUUCCGCAUCUUAUCGACCGAUUAAUGCCUUUCCGAUCUUCAUGUAUUGCUGUCUCAUAUCCUCUGUUUAUUUAAUGCAUUUAGUUCAAUAUUAAACUGCAAAUGUUAUUCGAAUUGAAUGUGAUUAUAAGAACGUGCUUAUAUAUAUGGAAAUUGCCGAAUGAUACCUGUUGCUAUACAGACAUUCUUGCCCAGAUUUAUCAAUCUGUGUGCCCUUGAGAUUAUCUUAGGCUUAUACGCAUUCAAGCUUCAAUUCAAGUUCGCUGUCGGCAAAUUAUCACGAAUUGAAAAAGACCAUUUUAGAAGAAGCGGUCAGCUUGGCCUGUUAUACUGAGCAUAAUACUGCUGGAUAACAAAGUUUUUUAAACGAACAUAUUAAUCGUCUCUUUUUCGACAGUGCUAAUCAUUAUCAAAUUAUCAUUGUGAUGACGACCAGAACAUCAACAAAAACGAGAACCACAACAACAAACACAAGGAGGCCGACGAACGGGUAAAGAAAAUAGCGUGAAACGCGAAACAAUCGCUUAUCUAGGUGACCCAACUUUAGUGCGGGCGUAGUUGCCAUUUGCGCCUGGCAACUGGACUAAGCAGACCAAAGAACUCCGCUGUAAGAAUUAAAUAUGUCUACUAUGCCUCGCGUACUCUCUAUACAAAGUCAUGUCGUGCGAGGAUAUGCAGGAAAUCGGUGUGCUGUAUUUCCGUUGCAGACACUCGGUUUUGAGGUUGAUUUCAUAAAUUCUGUACAAUUUUCCAACCAUACAGGGUAUCCUGUGACGAAAGGGACAAAAGUGAGUCAAAUGGAGUUACGUGAUCUCUUCGAAGGCUUGAAGCUUAACAAGGUGACCGAGUACUCCCACGUAAUAACUGGUUACGUAGUAAGCGUCGACUUCCUUCGCGAGCUUGCUAAUAUCGUCAAGGAUAUUAAAGAACAUAACAAGGAUGUUGUCUAUUUAUGUGACCCGGUUCUCGGAGAUCACGGCUCAUAUUAUGUUCCUCAGGAGCUGACUGACGAGUACCGUUCUCGUUUACUUCCGCUGUGUGACAUCCUCACUCCUAACCAGUUCGAGCUGGGUGAACUCACGGGACUUGAUGUGAAAACUGAAGAGGAUGCCAUCAAGGCAAUCGAGCGUCUGCAUGACUUGGGAGUUUCUCUUGUGGUACUCACGUCUGCCAUAUUUACAGAUCGUUCAGUGGUUACCUGUAUUGCAUCACGCCGAAAAGAUGGAAAUCGCUGCAAAUUUGAAAUUCCAUGGCAAGAAGGCAACUUCGUGGGUACAGGCGAUCUUUUUGCAGCAUUAAUUCUUGCAUGGACAACCAACGAGGAGUGCCUUGAGAAGGCUCUGCUCAAAGCGUUGAGUACCGUACAAGGGAUACUACAAAAUACAGUGGAAUUCUCCAAGGAACUGAAAGCACAUCGACCCGAUCUGUCUUCCGCAGCUUUUAUGGAGCUUCGCCUGGUGCAAAGUCGACAAUUACUUAUUGAUCCACCUUUAUUGUUAUCCGCCAAUAAAAUCUAAACUUAUGUAGAGUUAAAACAGUAUUUGGAUUUUAUGAAAAAUCUGUUAGGAUACUUAACUCAGUUACGCCUUGAUUAUAUUGCCUAGUGUCGCAAAGAUCGGAAAGAAUAUACAGGGCAUCCUAUCUCAUAUCCCAGUAAACUGUUUUUGUUCGUAUAUUCCCUCAUAGUUCUUCAUUAGUAAGUAAUUAAAACACGUACGUACAUGUCAGGUACGUACCGUAUUUAUCUAAUUGAAAGCGAAGUCUAAGAGUUCGUGUCAUAUACAUAAAUGUGAUAGGAAUCUAUGUGCUUCCAGUACUGAGGGCCUUAUUAUUGAUUAUGCGUGUUAACCUCAUUUAAUAUUUGACUACUACACACCGCAACUUAAGAGCGAAGAAGCCACUGAUUACGGCUCUAGCCGUACUGGGUCUUAUACAUUGAUACUACCUUCUGGCAUUGCUUAUUAAUAAAAAAAAUGCAAAAAACGAUUUACCGUUGUAACAUACCUACUUUAUAUAUUAAAUAAAAAUUAUAAAUAGCAUGUACUUG